CUAAGUUGAUACACGAAAAAAAAUCAAAGUAUAAGAGUUGAAUUGAGUAAAAAAUUAAGUUUAUUAAUAUUAUUGAAAUAACAAAAAAUUUGACUAAGUACAAAAAAAAAAAACCUAAAAGUAGGUGAAAAAAAUAUUGGUUUGGCCAAGGAAGGAAAGGUGCAAGGCGACAAGAAGAAAGGAGGACGAAGACAAGGAGAUUUGAAUUGGAGGAGGAUUCAGAUCGAGGGAUUACGUACGUACAGGGAGGGGGGAGUGAGAUGAAGAAAGUGACAAAGAGGGAAAGCUAUAUAUUACCGGAACACUCAACUAAGGAUGUGAACAAGCUUUCCCAUCCUUUCUUGUCUCUUCCAACAGCCUGGCUGUCUAAAAUUCUUAAUUUUUGGUCACUAAGAUAUGUAUCCAUAAGUUAGGCAUGGAUGCCCAAACUACUCCAUAUGAUAGUUAAAUAUGAAAAAUGAGAUUUCUGUCACUUUUCCUAUGGUGUGUAGAAGGUGGUUUUAUCUUUGUAAAAAUAUCAUUAAAAAUUUAGGUUAUGUGUAACAAAUAUUUCAUAUCCUUGCUCUUACAAUAUUUAGGUUAUGUAUUCUUUUUCCAACCAUACAUUCCCGCAUAAAACAUUGCAAGAACAACACUUGAUUUAAUUAAUUAAUGUUCUUAGUUGUUGUCUUAUGUCCAUAUAUCCCUUUUCGAAUCAUUAAUUCUUGUGUGACACUUCACCCACAAUCUCUAAUCUUAGGCACACACUUCUUAAACCACAUUUUCAUCAUUGGCUUGCAUGAAUCAUGCACGGCCAUCAUUGAUUUGAUGUUCUUACUAUUGUUUAUAUAUUUUUUUAUAGUGACAAAUACCUAUAAAAUUAAAAUAGGUCACAUUUGACAGUUGACACGGUCUUAUAGAAUAAAUUUGGAAACUAACUAUCACUGCGAAUUAUCUGUUUUAAAUACACAACUAAUAAAAUAUAGAAUUUUUGUGAUAAAAUUAUUCUUAGUAGACUUUUUAUAAGUUUUUAAAUACAUUGAAGUAUGUUAUAUAAUAGUGGAGAAAAUGGUAACUUAAUUUGGUCAUUAACAAAAAUAAUUAGGAUAAUUUUUAAAAUGUGAAAAAUGGUAUUUAUUUUUAGAAUAAAUCAUUGUGAUUUAUCCUAUGCAACUAUUUAGUUUCUCUAGACUAGCUGCAGCCUGGAGGCCUCAAUAUCUAUUUCAAGUUUCAACAAGAAGGAUGAUAUAAAUAUCUGGAAACCCAUAUAUGUAUUCAAUAUUCAUGUCCUUGACUUUACAACGCAUUCAAUUUUUCUCAUUGGGAAGUGUGAAAACUAAUCGCCCAUGCAACAACAGUUGAUCAAUCUAACCAGCCCACAGACCAUAGAAAGCAACCAACAACACACCACAAUCAUAUUCUCCCAAAAAAAUUCAGAUCAGCCAAUCAAAUGCCAUCGAAUUACAAGAAGAUGCUCACGUGGUCAGCUUUUAAGGUCUGUCGCUGUCAGCCGACUCAGCUCCUCAGGAUUUUCAAAUUCAAUAUCCUGAGUCCCGACCCAAAUGUCCCAAAACCUUUUCCUUAAAUUGGAAUGCGCCAUGCUUACACCACACUCCGCCGAGCUAGAGAAAAAGCGCAAGCCUUUUUUGGGGCAAAGCUUUGCCUGUUAUUCCAUGGUGGGGGAGGCAAUGAAAAGAGGAACUGUUUCUGGGCUGCCAUCUGUUCAAGACUGAGUUGGGAUUUGCCAAAUUUGGACACGAUCACUGUGUGAUCCUACUCUUAGUGCCAUUUUUGCAAUACCCGGUUCGUGAAAUUGAAGCUUUUUGUGUUACUGGAGAAGGGAACUCACGACUGCUAACCAUAUCCAGAUGGAGAAUCGGGACGUGGUUCCUGUGGAAGAGUUGGAAGAGGCGCCAGAUGACCAGUCGGAGGAUGUAAAGAAGAUUCCUCCUUGGAAAAGACAGAUUACAGCUCGAGGGAUUUUUGCCAGCUUUCUGAUUGGAACCAUUUACAGCGUGAUCGUGAUGAAGCUCAAUCUCACAACUGGGCUUGUUCCCAAUCUCAAUGUCUCAGCUGCUCUUCUUGCGUUUUUAUUCAUAAGGGUUUGGACAAAGCUGAUUCAGAGGGCUGGGUUUGUGUCCACUCCCUUCACUCCGCAGGAGAAUACCGUGAUCCAGACCUGUGCAGUUGCUUGUUACAGCGUUGCUGUCGCAGGUGGUUUUGGAUCGUUUCUAUUGGGAUUGAACAGGAAAACAUAUGAACAGGCUGGGGUUCAUACAGAGGGCAAUCCACCAGGGAGCCACAAGGAGCCUGGGAUUGGCUGGAUGACUGGUUUCCUUUUUGUGGUCAGCUUUGUUGGCCUCACGGCCCUGGUUCCUCUCAGGAAGAUCAUGAUUGUCGACCUCAAUUUGGCUUACCCUAGUGGAACUGCUACUGCAGUUCUUAUUAAUGGUUUUCAUACCACCAAAGGAGACAAGAAGGCCAAGAAACAGGUUCGUGGGUUCAUGAAGUUCUUUUCCAUUAGUUUUCUGUGGGGUUUCUUCCAGUGGUUCUAUUCUGGUGGUGAGCUUUGCGGAUUCUCCAAUUUCCCCACUUUUGGGUUGAAAGCUUGGAAACAAACGUUUUUCUUCGAUUUCAGCACGACUUACAUUGGAGCAGGAAUGAUCUGUUCCCACAUAGUGAACUUGUCGUUGCUUCUUGGAGCAGUGCUCUCUUGGGGACUGAUGUGGCCAUUGAUAAGUAACCAGAAAGGAGAUUGGUUCCCUGAAACUCUACCUGAAAGCAGCAUGAAGAGCCUCAAUGGUUACAAGGUGUUUGUUUCUAUAGCUCUCAUACUAGGAGAUGGGCUCUACAUAUUUCUCAAGAUACUUCUUUUCACCAGCAAGAGCCUAUAUGGUAGAUUGAAGAAAAGCAACCGAAUAAGGGAUUCAGAUGACAGGGAUCGGCCCCUCGGCGAUCGUCGACGAAACGAGGUAUUUUUGAGGGAGAGCAUUCCCCUUUGGGCGGCAUGCGCUGGUUACUUGUUCUUCUCCAUCAUCUCCAUUGUUAUGAUCCCGCUUAUGUUCCCUGAGCUCAAGUGGUACUACGUUCUUGUGGCCUAUUUGUUGGCUCCUUUUCUCAGCUUCAGCAACGCUUAUGGCGCCGGUCUAACCGACAUGAACAUGGCCUACAACUAUGGCAAAGUGGCUCUCUUCGUGAUCGCUGCCAUGUCUGGGAAAACCAAUGGUGUAGUUGCAGGGCUUGUUGGCUGUGGCGUGAUCAAGUCAAUCGUCGAUGUCGCCUCUGAUCUGAUGCAAGAUUUCAAGACCGGCCAUCUCACGCUCACUUCCCCGCGAUCCAUGCUCGUUAGCCAAGCCAUCGGCACGGCCAUAGGCUGCGUGGUGGCUCCCCUCUCUUUCUUCCUCUUCUACAAGGCCUUUGACAUCGGGAACCCGAAUGGGGAGUACAAAGCUCCCUAUGCUCUGGUGUACAGAAACAUGGCUAUUCUGGGCGUUGAAGGCUUCUCUGCUCUUCCCCAGCAUUGUCUGCAGCUGUGUUGCGGGUUUUUCGCCUUUGCUAUGUCGAUCAACUUGCUGAGAGAUCUCAGCCCCAAGAAGGUCGGAAACUGGUUCCCGAUUCCAACAGCCAUGGCUGUGCCUCUCCUGGUUGGGGCUGCCUUUGCCAUUGAUAUGUGCGUAGGCAGCCUCAUAGUGUUUGUAUGGCACAAGCUGAAUGGCCGAAAGGCCGAGCUGAUGGUUCCGGCUGUGGCCUCAGGCCUGAUUUGUGGAGAUGGGAUGUGGAUUCUGCCUUCUUCUAUUCUUGCUUUGGCCAAGGUUCAGCCUCCAAUCUGCAUGAGCUUCAUGCCUAGCAAGACCGGCUGACUAACAAAUGCAUCAAAGCUCCAAGCAAGUACCUUCACAAUAAUCAAUUUAUAUUUAACACCUCUCAACAAAUUAGCAGAAGAUAAUAACCAAUGUAAUAUGUGAUGCUUAUGUGUAUUAAUUGGGGUUGAAAAAUAAGAAAAGUUGCAUCUUUUGAACAUGCUUA